AUGAGGCGCUCGUCUCGUUCGCCUUCGCUUGAGCGCAUUUUAGAAAGACGACCGUCAUUUGAUCGUCCUCCUGUUCGAACAGUCAAUUCUCCACGAUUAACAGAAAAUGAAGCUCUUAUGUUAACAUCGCCUUUUCUUGGAUACAGAACUCGUUAUACAUAUGCUAAAAGUUCUUGCUAUAAUGCCGAAGAGACGGAUGCUUGGGAAAUACCCAAUUUGGCCAACAAUCUGGAGAUUGAAGAAGAGUUCACAAGAGCCAAUAUGAAAACACCCACCAGAACAACUCCUAUUUUUAGAAAGUUAUUUAAUUUUCUAUGUACUGUUCUUGGAGUUGUUGGACGGCUGGGAAGAACUUGCUAUGAAGAAGUGUUCAUUGAUAUUCCCCUUAAGUUUAUUUCUGUUGUGCGGGACAUUGCUGAAGCAAUUUACACUCCAAUUGGCGUAUCUGUUAGUUUGCUCUCUCAUGGUAUCAAAUCACUUACUUUUGUACUCGGCAAAGCAGUUGUGGAUCUGGUCAGAGCAAUCAAGAACUUUGCUGUAUAUCAAACCAUUCGGAUAAAGGACACGUUGUCAUCUUAUAGUUGGUCAGGUUUUACUGGAUUGCGUUCUUUGUUGUUAACUGCUAUUACGUCGUCGGUUAGUCGUACUUCUUCGAUUUCUCGUUCAUUUGUGUCUAUUGGAGCUGAAUUACUAAAGGAGUUGGCUCAUAAAGCCAUCAAUUUCUUCAGUGCCUUGUGGCAACUGUUUGCUAGCGCCGUCAGAGCCGUUUUCAGAGGAAUUGUUUGGACUCUGGGAAAGCUGAAGAUGGGCAUUUGUACAAUCCAUGAUGCGCUGAUUAAGCCUAAACGGGUCUCCAUCAGCGAAGUUUCACAGACUCUCGCAUUUGAUAUUGACUCUACACCUAUGAGUAUCAUCAAAGGAGAUGCUGAAUUAUGUGCUACAACUCCCGUCAGCAGAGAACCAAACGUUGCUGGACGUCGGCUUUUAAGAUCUCGAAGAGUGGAAGUUGACUCUGAUGAUUCAAUAUCUGACCAAUUUCUAACUUCAACGCCAUUGCCACAAGAUGAAAGGAGCAAUGGACAAUAUAGGAAGAACUGGUUCUACUACCCUGCUUAUAUCAUUGGAAUUUUCGCUUUUGCAUUUUUGGAAGCAAUCAAAGGUGUCUCACAAGUAGUGUUAUACGUACUCUCGAAUAUCCAAAGAUUAAUGGCAAAUGUUUGGAAUUUGAUGAAAGCUUCAUCUAUCUCACUCUUUAGUGCUAUUGGAAAGCUUUUCAACUCAUUCAUGGGAGCCACAAGUAGUGCUGCUACGCAAAUGAACAAUGGAAAGUUUUGGCUCUUCUUUCUGCUGAUUCUUCUUCUCGCUCUACUUAUUCCUGUUCUACCACCACAAAACGAAGAGCAUCUACUGGAUGAAACAACAAAGCAAGUACCUGUUAAGCAAGAAGAAAUCAUCACUGGACCGUCUUUCACUGUCAUGGAAACAAUUCAAAUUAUUUUCGAAGAGUCUCUCUUCCAGUGUUCACUCUUUAAAGAGCACUGCUCCAAGCAUUACUACCGACCUUUCCUCUUGUUUUUGUCAGGAUUGAGUGAAAACUUUUUCUCUCAGUGUUCUUACUUCACCGAAAUCCAGUUACGAGAAUAUCUAUACUCAGGGCUAUUGUAUGUACUUGAUUUCUUCUUAUUGAUAUUAAUGAAAGGCCAAGCUUUCGCAGUUUAUCUUUUUACUUCAACACCAUCAAAGCCCGUUGAGCCAAUAAUAGUACGCAAUGAGUUCUUCUCGGAUGAUAGAGCCGCGAUUAUACAAAAAGUAAAAGCAGAUCUUCAAGCAGAAAUAGAUCAGAAGUUGGAGUCGUUCAAAAGCUCCUAUGAAGAUGAACUCGAGUCUCUGAAAAAAAUGAAAGGUGUGAGCCAAAAUGAUUUCGCUCAGCUUUCUGCAUUCGUCCGUCAACUUAUAUACCAAUAUGAUGUUGAUAAAACAGGGCUGUUCGAUUAUGCUUUGGAAAGCGCAGGAGCUUCUGUUUUGUCAACCAGAUGUAGUGAAAAUUACGAGUCAUACUCUCGAUUAGAAAAGAUUUGGAACAUUCCUCUAUGGUUCACCAGCUAUGGUCCCCGCACAGUUAUUCAACGUAACUCGAACUCAUUGUUCCCUGGAGAAUGUUGGUGUUUCAAAAGUGGGAAAGGAUACUUGACUAUAAGUCUAUCUCACGCCAUAUCAAUUAGCAGCAUCAGCUAUGAACAUAUAGCUAAAAGCCAAACUCCAGAUGGACAACUUACUUCUGCUCCAAAGAAAUUGAAAUUUUGGGCGUACAAAUCAGAAAACGAUCUCGAAUCCAGAGUACUACUUGGCGAGUUUGAGUACGAUACUGAAGAACAAGCUCUCCAGUUCUUCAUCAUAAAGGAGAAGCCGAACUUCCCGGUUAAGAUCGUUGAGCUAGAAACUGAAGAAAAUUACGGUGCAGAUUAUACAUGUUUGUAUCGACUUCGUGUGCAUGGACAAAUUCCCAAAGAUUAA